GUAGUUUAUAUUUUAUAAUAGGUUUAUGUUUGCACAUGCAGCACGAGGGGAAGGCAAGAGAAGUUAAGGUUCCUUGAAAGAGAGAUGGAGAAGUCAUCAGAUCUAACCAAAAGCAUGGCGAAACCACUUCACGUUGCAAUGCUCCCAUGGCUAGCCAUGGGACAUGUUUAUCCAUGUUUCGAGAUCGCUAAGAUUCUGGCACAGUACGGUCACUUCUCAACUCUCAUAUCCACACCAUCAAUCAUAGAUCGCCUCCCCAAACUCCCACCACACCUCUCCCCAUUCCUCAAAUUCACCAAGCUUCCAUUGUCACCCUUCAUUGACACCAACCACCUCAAUCAAGAUGCGGAAUCCACCAUGGACAUUCCCUCCAACAAGCUCUAUUACCUCAAGACAGCCUUUGAUUCCCUCCAAGAUUCAGUUUCCCAGGUAAUCAAGGCCCAAACCCCUGAUUGGGUUUUCUAUGAUUUUGCAGCUAGUUGGUUACCACAGAUAUGUUGGAAUCUUCAGAUUCCCUGUGCAUAUUUCAGUCCUUGUCCUGCCUGGACCAUUUGCUUCUUUGACACCCCAAUGGAGCAAUUGGGUGGUGAUGUUGAUGCUGCUACAAGAACAAAGCCUGAAGACUACUAUGGCCCUCCCAAAUGGGUCCCUUUUCCCACCAAGAUUGGUUUAAGGCCUCAUGAGGUCAAGAAAUUGAUGGAAGAUGUCACUGUUAACGAAACGGGAGCUUCUCCUGUUUUUGAUCUCAACAGAGCCAAUUCUGCCUGUGACAUGUUUGUGAUAAGGAGCUCAAGAGAUCUUGAACCUGAGUGGUUGGAUUAUCUUGCUGAGUUUUACAAGAAGCCUGUUGUUCCUGUGGGGUUGCUUCCGCCGCAAGCAUCCGAUGCUAAAGAAGAUAAUACUAACAUUGAUAGCCCUGAUUGGAUUCAAAUCAAGGCAUGGUUGGAUACACAAAAAGGGUCAUCAGUGGUGUACAUUGCUUUUGGGAGUGAGGUGAAGCUAAGCCAAGAGAAUCUCCAUGAAUUGGCUCUUGGCAUUGAGGAUUCUGGUUUGCCUUUCUUUUGGGUUCUGAGGAACCUUCAGAAGGGCCUUGUUGAGUUACCGGAUGGGUUCGAAGAUAGGACCAAAGAUCGCGGCAUUGUUUGGAAAACUUGGGCACCACAGGCUAGAAUCUUAGCCCAUGGAUCAGUUGGAGGUUGCUUGACUCACUGUGGUUCUGGUUCAAUGAUAGAGAAUCUUUAUUUUGGACAUGUUCUUGUUAUGUUGCCAUUCUUGCUAGACCAAGGGUUGUAUGCAAGAGUGAUGGAAGAGAAGAAAGUGGGGAUUGAGAUACCAAGGAAGGAGGAAGAUGGGUCCUUUACAAGGAGCUCAGUGGCCAAGGCAUUGAGAUUAGCUAUGGUGGAUGAAGAAGGAAGUGCUUACAGGAAGAAUGCUAAAGAUAUGGGCAACAAGUUCAGUAAUAAAGAUCUUAAUAACCAUUAUAUUGUAGACUUCAUUGAUUCCCUUCACAAUCACAAGUUUGUAUAGAGAGAUCUAGAAAACAUGUGUAGUUGAGCUGGAAUAGGUCAUUUCCCUUCUGUUCAAUUUCACCUGGUUUUUGUUCUGAAAUAAAAAUGUUGAAAUUA